AUACUUUCCUGGUACCGAGAGUGACGAAGAAUCAAAGAAUGAAGCAAUUCAAUUUAGGAAAUCAAUUGACACCCAGCGAAUUCAAAAUACAAUAUCUGAAAUUGAUGACUUAAAGGAAGGUAAAAUUUACGAUUCGAAUAAGAAUAUCAACAAAGAUUUUAAUGAUCAUUAUUACACUCAAGAAGAAGAUGAUGAGAUUUUAAAUUUCAUGGAAUUAGAGGAGGAUGAUGUUAAUAUUGGUCAUAAAGAUUAUAUCAAUCCAGAAGAGGGUUUGAAUAUUGAAUUAGUAUCAAUGAAUACUUCAGAACACAUGAAUAAUCAGAAGUAUAAUAUAGAAGAGGUAUUCGAUUUUGAGAAGUUUAAUGAUGAUUAA